ACUUACCAAAUUAGCAAAUUACACCGUCAGCUGAGAAUGUCACCAUUGGGAUUUGAGAAUGGCGUCCUAGUUGCAUUUGCUGUGCCAUUGACAUUGAAUUUGUAAUUUGGGGAACUCAUUUAGUUAGAAAACUUAGCGCACUAACUAAAGGUGUUAUCCGGCCACGUACAAAUUAUAAUAUGUAUUCGUGAAAGAAAAUAAAAACGAAAUCAUAUAAAAAGUGUCUGAUCGUGAAAUGAACUUGACGCCUGUUAGUCUUGGUUUUUGAAGCAAAUACAGAUUAACUCGUGACUCAAAUUAGUUCCCAGGAAUCCAGUGCAACUGUUACAUACGAGUAAUUCGGGUUAGUUUUAAUUACGAGCUCAGUGCGCUACAAUAUGUAUUGUGUCUUUCAUUAUCAGACAUUCAUCAUGCAUAACCAAUGACGAAAAAUGUUGACAAUCAAUUACAAAUAAACGUUUCAAUGAAUUGUGGUUUGAGGAAAAUGUUUCGCCAAUUUAUAGAAUUUACAAACCGAUAUAAAAUUAUUCGUGGCAUGCUGUCAUAUGGAAUGCUGUGGCCCUGUGGUUGCCUCAUUGAACAGACUUUAAUCGAAAAACGGACAUUCCGCAAUUUUGACUGGAUGAAAUGCCUCAAGUUCAGUUUGUUUGGAGGUCUUUUUAUGGGACCAACCAUUUACGUAUGGAUACGAUUGGCUGGCGUCAUGUGGCCCCGCACCGACAUUAAGUCAUCACUUUGCAAAGCAAUUACCGAGCAAGCGGCCUACGAUCCUUUUGCGAUAAGCACUUUCCUCUUUACCAUGAAUCUAAUGGACGGCGGAAAGUACGAACAAGCCAAGAAGGAGGUUAGUGAUAAAUUCCUCGACGCAUACCGUGUUGGGAUAAUUUAUUGGCCUUGUGUGCAGACCAUCAAUUUCACGUUUGUGCCGCCUCGAAACCAAGUCGUCUUCACUUCGUUUUUUAGCAUGUGCUGGACAACUUUUUUGACUUAUGUAAAGUAUUUGCAAGCACAGCCAGUCGAAUUUGAACACCCAGUUGUCGAUUUACAUUUUCAUUUCACCCAUUAGUCCAAUGGAUGCUGCUGAGCGACAGAAAAUAAUAUUGCAUACAUAUCUGUGGACAUUUGACAAAACAACUUUACUUGAGUGGGGUCAUUUCCCCUUACAAGCAGUAAUGCAUUGAGUUCUCGAAUGGUAUUUUUAUUUUGAAUCAUUAAAUUUAAAUAAAAAUUGGAAAUUGUAGUUCCUUAUAAUUUCUCUGAAUUCCAACCUACACAGACCACACAAAACUCCACAGAUAUGUAUAUACAUAUACAUCAAGUAUAGUUUUUAAUUAGGAAUACAAUAAAGUUGAAUU